CACAAAAUCUCCUUUGCAGAGUACAACCCACUGUACAUUCCUCAUCACUUUACACCAGGCCCCACAUCGCCCCACUUCCCACUAACACACGCUUCUAGAUGCUAACUAACAUACGCCGUCGCCCAACCCAUAUAUUCCACUCCCAUCACCUUCAUCUCAUUCAUUCCCACACCUUCCCAUUUUUCCCACACCGUCGUUGACCACCACCGUUGACUUCCGGCCACCACUCACCACCGACCGAAUGGGCUUCCUCCCAUGCCCAUGCACAUUAUCAUCAAAAAGCUCUUCUAAACAUCACAAACAACAAGAAUCAUCAUCUCCAGAUCUUCAACAAAAAUAUAAUAUUUCCGAUACAAAAUCUAUUUCUUCACUACCAAGUUUACCCUCCGUACAAUCAUUAACUUCACAUUCACAACCGCCGUCAACCACCGCAAACCACCACUACAUCACCACCUUCAAAGCCCACACCUCCCCUAUCUUCUCCCUCACCCUCACCAACAACCACCUCAUCUCCGCCUCAUCCGACGGUCACAUCCGCAUCUGGCCACGUGACCCAUCACGUGACCAGUCCGUACAACCACCACUAGCUACAUUAAGAUCCGCUGCUAAAACCAUGGUGGUUUGUGACAACAAGUUCUUGUUCACCGGUCACCAAGACCAUAAAAUUCGAGUGUGGAAGCUUGAUGAUGUAAAUAAAACCGUUAAAUGUGUGGCGGUUUUACCGACGCUUAACGACAGGCUUAUGAAGCUUGUGUUUGCGAAAAACUAUGUUAAGAUACGGCGGCAUCGGAGGUGCACGUGGGUGCAUCACGUGGACGCUGUUUCAACGUUGGCGUUGUCGAAGGAUGGGUCGUUGGUUUACUCCGGUUCGUGGGACCGGACGUUUAAGGUGUGGCGGACGUCUGAUUAUAAGUGUUUGGAGUCUGUUUGGAAUGCGCAUGAUGAUGCCAUUAACGCCGUUGUGGUUUCUCAUGAUUGUGUUUACACCGGCUCGGCCGACCGGAAAAUCAAGGUGUGGAGGAGAGACUCCGGCGAAAAAAAGCAUAAGCUAGUGGACACUUUGGAAAAACACAUAUCCGCCGUAAAUGCUUUGGCUAUAAGCACGGAUGGGUCCGUUUUAUACUCGGGUGCAUGUGAUCGGUCGAUAAUCGUAUGGGAGAAAGGCGGCGGCGAUGGGCGGCACAUGGCGGUGGCCGGAGCACUUAGAGGGCAUAGCAAGGCCAUCUUAUGCAUUGCUGUGGUGGAUGAUGUGGUGUUUAGUGGGUCAGCAGAUAAAACAAUUAGAGUAUGGAGAAGGAGUAUUGAUGGAAAAAAAUAUUGGUGUUUGGGUGUGUUGGAAGGGCAUAAAGGUCCAAUAAAAUGUUUGGCUGCUGCAGUGGAGGGUUGUACAUCUGGUAGUAAUGGUGGUACAUCUUAUCUAGUGUAUGGUGGGAGCUUGGAUUGUGAAAUAAAGAUGUGGAAACUAUGGGUACCCUUUCUUUAGAUUUUAUUAUUAUUAUUUUUAUUUAUUUUUUUAUCAUAGUUUGUGUGAUUAUUAUAUGUUUUGAGAAUUUAAUUUGUAAAUAUGAGAGUGAUAUGUUUUUUUCCCUUUUUUAAAGGUUUAAUGAUUAAUGUGUAGAAAACAGGAUGUGAAGUUUAAAAUAAAUUAUGAUUGGAUGACA